AUGCGCCCUGUUCCUUCGGGUUAUCAUGGGGAUUAUGGAGACUGUGAACCAUCGCCCCAUUAUCCUCCUGUCGGUGGAACUGGCUGUGUACUAAUGAUCUAUGGUAUUGAUCAUGAAAAGCUGAAUUGCGAGAAGUUGUUCAAUCUGUUAUGUCAAUAUGGAAAUGUCCUCAGGAUUCGUUUUAUGGCUACAAAGAAAGAUACGGUGAUGGCUGAACUUGGAACUCCAACAGCGGUCGGGAACGCCAUAAAGUAUCUGCAAGGAAUCACAUUAUUUGGGCUCACACUGCAAUUGAAGCCUAAGCAUUCAGGCUGCCGUGCGAGACGUGACGUGUUUGCUGAGCGAGAAGCUCCAGAGCUUAAAUCAGUAACAGUAUUCGUUGGACGAAGUGAUAGGUCAUCGUCGGGGAUCGUUGAAUUGGAGAGUAUUGAGAAGGCCAAUGAAGCUCUUGCUCUGGUCAACCACACUCCUGUUGUGAGCCCACUUGGAAAGACUCCGUAUAUUGUGAAGCUGGCUUACGCUACACCUUCGCGGCGACACGGUGACUCAUCGGAGGAGGUCGGAGGAGGUGAAGGUGGUGGCGGUGGACCACCACGUGGAGGUCCUCGAGGGGGAUUCCGGGGAAGUAGACGGAAUGACCGUAAAGCUCUAACAGAAGAAAUAGAAAAAGCCAUCGAGCGGUCACAUGCAGAGGAUCGAGUACGAAAACCAAGAUCAGAAUCGGACUCUGAAGAAGCGGAUGCUGAGAAGGAUCCUUCCGGCAGUAACGAUGUUGCUAAAAAGGUCACAACGGUUAUUCCCAACUCACCCGCUGCCGAGGGAGGUCUGAGAGCCGAUGAUAUGAUUAUCCAAUAUGGAGAUUUGCAUGCUGGAAAUUUCAAGGAAAUGAAGGAAGUCUCCACCACAACAGCAAAACUUGAAGGGCAGAAGUUGAGAGUAACAGUUCUGCGAAAUGGGAGACCUGUCCGUCUUGAGAUCUUUCCCAAGCGCUGGUCAGGAAAUGGUAUUCUGGGUUGUGGUAUAGUUCCAACGACAACUUCUGAUGUUAUCUAA